AUGGCAAUCUUCAGCGCCGUCCCUCCCCCUGAGGCCAUCGACCACCAGAUCCCAAACACCGUCUCCUCGCCGCCACCCCAGUCCCAGACUCCGGUCGCCGCCCACGUCGCAGCCCAGAGCGCGACCGCCGGCUCCGUUGAUAUCGAGGCCUGGACUGUCUCCGCCCUCGAGUCCCUGAGCGUUAGCCCCAUUGCCCGCGGCACGGGAACGCCGCUGACUAUCAACCUCGAUGAGCAGGUCGAGAAGGCCUCUGCUGCUGUCACGAUUGCCGCCGAGAAGACGACGACUGUACAACAGACGCCUAUCCGGCGACCAUUGAGCAGGCGGGAUAGUCAGAAGAAAAGGGAACAGCUUUUGAAGGGGAAUGAGGGGAGUCGGGCGCGUCGGCGAUGGGAGAAUGAUCGCCUCAUUGGCGUACCAAACGCUCAACCGCCCCUCCCAAGCGACUGGGAAGUCCAUCCAACCUACCCGGUCCAAGUCGUCCCCUACCAAGUCGCCCAGUACUGGGAUACCGGCCUCCGCCAACGCAUCGAAGAGAAGACCGCCAAGCUCCAGGCUCAACGCAAGAAGCAGCAACGAAAGGACGGGUCUGCGACAGGCUUGUCUGUCGGCGAGGUGCCGCGCGACCUGCGCGAUACUGCAAAGCGGACGCCCGCCGUUCGCGGCUGGGUGCGUGUGCUCGAAGAACCCGUGCGGAGUUUCUUGAAGGAGCGGAGCGAGGCGAGCGAUGCGGAGGGGGAUAGCGAGGACGAGGAGAUCGUGUUUGUCGGCAGGAAGGGGAUGGCUUCUGCUGGCAAGGGGUGGAAGAAGGCUAGGCGGGAGGUGGGGAGUGAGAAGGUUGAUGACGGGAUGGUGUUUGACUCGUUGGGGGAUGACGAGAGUGCUUCUUUCAAGCGAUGGUUGACGCAUUCCAUCUCGGAUUACUACGGUCUACAAUCCCACUCUGUCACUACAGGCGAGCCUGCCCGCCGGGUGGUGUACGUGACGGUACGGGAGCAAGGCAAGCGGUCGAGUCCGAAGAAGCAUACAGUCUUGCCUCGUCCUCUGUGGGAGAUGUGCUAA